CAGGGUUUUGUCCAAUGCGCGCAGAGUCGACACGUUAUAUCUUUCGGGUCCCAAAGGCACUUGUGUGCUCAAAGCCUCCUAGUAGCUCUAUAUGUUAUUACACCUUGAGCUCUAAUCUCUCUGCGCGUUAUCUGCAUUCCAACAUGUUCCCGUGCACAGGCUUAUCAUUAGGGAGCCUAUGAUGUGAAAAAAUAUCCGGGCGCAUCGCAUGGGACGCCCAUGGUAUUUCUCAGGUGUCGGCUGACAAACAUCCUCGCCGGUUCUCACGUUGCCCGUCUACGGAUGUAAAUCGACGCAGUGCUCACGAACAGACGUACACAGAACGAUGGUGAAGAAAGAAACCGUGAAAGUGAUUAAGUUGGUGACUGUCGGUGACGGGCAAUGCGGUAAGACUUGCUUACUCACCACAUUCGCGAAGGGUCAGUUUCCCGGCGAGUAUGUGCCGACGGUUUUCGACACCCAGCUGAGCCAACUCGAAGUCAACAAGCGAAAGGUCCUCUUAGGCCUAUGGGACACCGCGGGACAGGAAUCCUACGAGCAGCUACGGCUGUUGUGUUACCCCGACACCGGCGUAUUUCUCGUCUGCUUCGAUAUUGCUGAACCGAACAGCCUUCUCAACGUUCUCGAAUUUUGGGUGCCGGAGGUCAGAGACGCACGUCCCAGAACACCGAUUGUACUUGUCGGCACCAAAAAGGACUUAAGGGAAGAUCCCAAAGAGAUAGCCGCCCUGCAGAGCAGAAACCAGGCGCCAGUGAGCACAGCCGAGGGGGAAGCCGUGGCAGAGAAAAUCCAGGCCGUCGCCUACGUCGAGUGCUCUGCUCUAACUCAGGAAGGCGUUCACGACGUCUUUGUAACCGCCGUUACGUCUGUUCUAAAGAACAAGAGGACAAAGCAGCACCGAUGUACCAUUUUAUAGCUGUUACUCGUAAAUGUGUCAAUAAAAAUGUAUUUAUUAUGCACCGA